AUGGCCGUCCCAACCGAAGUAACCAUCUCCAACCUCUCCGGCACCUACACCCUCAACCGCCACCUCUCCGACUCCUCGCAAAGCGUGCUCAAAAUGCAAGGCGUCAACUUCCUCGUGCGCCAAGCCGUCGCCUACUCCACUGUGGAUGUCACCCUCAAACAAUACACCUCUCCGGACGGCGCGCUGCACCUCGACCAGGAGCAGGUGUCCACGGGCGGGGUGCGGAAUUUCGAAGACCGCAUUAUGGACUGGGAGACGGGGGAGAAGACGAAUUGGAUUUGGGGCAAGGUGAGCGGGCAGUCGCGCUACACGACGCUGGGCGAGAUUGAGGACGAUUAUUUGCGGGAGGGUUGGGGUCCGGAUUGUGUGGAGGGGGAGGUGGUGGAGGGGUAUGUGGAGAGUGUGACGGAUCGGUGGAGUGCGCGGCAGGUUUGGGGGUUUGCGGAGGUGGAGGGGAUGAGGAAGCAUGUGAGGAGGAUUUUGGCGAGGAAGCCGGGGCAUCGGGAUGAGAGGAUACGCCUAGUGUAUGAUUGGAAGGGGCCCGCGUGA